GGUGGAGACGGAUAUGGCGACAAAGAUGGAGACAGAUAUGGUGACGAAGAUGGAGACAGAUAUGGCGAUGAAGAUGGAGAUGGAUAUGGCGACGAAGAAGAAGAUGGAUAUAACAACGAAGACAGAUAUGGUGAUGAAGACGAAUAUGAUGACAAGGCACCAACGGAGGCACCAACGGAAGCACCAACGAAAGCACCAACAGAAGCACCAACAGAAGCACCAAUUAAAGUAAAAGCAGAACAUAUCAAUGUUAAUGAUUCAAACAAAGAUACCAAUGGGAAGUCAACAAUGUUAACGAUGAUAAAAGUGUAG